AUGAAGCAACUGCUCAUCGAUCUUGGCCACCACGUCAAUGGUAUUUGCCCAAUCGGAAGGCUCCCUGCAGAGAUUCUGGUCCUCAUCUUCCGAAAGGCGCUCCAGCUAUCAGGCUACGGCGCUGCCCGUCUACUACUGAACAAUAGUCAAGCUCGACGGGUUCCCAUUCACAUGCAUUGGACGCUCACCCGUGUCUGUGCAAAGUGGCGCGCUCUCGCGCUCUCGACGCCGUCCUUGUGGACAUGUAUCGACGACAGGGACGCAGGCUCACUUCUUGCCUUCAUUGCCCGCUCUCAGCCAUUACCCCUCUCACUGCGCUACAUACUCUCCGAGGACUGGGACCUUCAACGACUGCAUGGGGCACUGCGCGACUGGGGUGCUCGGCUUGGACGCCUUGAUAUCAUGGAGUACCCGUGUCACGACUUGCAGUGGACCCAUCAACCUAUCGAUCUUUCUGUCCAGGUGGCUAGUCUCCACUGUCUCACCAUAUCAGCGGAGAGAGACUCUCUCUGGGAUGCACCUGCCUACUUCCUUGGCUCCGGUGUAUCUAACUUGAAAGCGUUGGCGCUCGGAGCAUCUUGUGAGGAUCUGUUCCCCGCCGGCAUUCAUUUUCCCCAUCUCACACAUCUCUCUCUCGCUUUUUGGGGCAGCGAAAUAGAGGUAUACAAGGAUGACGCACACGAUCUUAUCACGCUCCUUUCGAACACCCCGGCCCUCAGAUAUGUCCACCUCUCAGGAGUCGGUGACCCCAGCACGGAACCCAGCCCCUUACCUCCCGCGCCGGUCGUCCUUCGCUCCCUACGGGCCCUGACAUGCGUGGGCUGCAAGCUUUCGAGCGCGUUCCAACUGCUCGAAUCGCUCACGCUCCCGGAGGACGUCGUGGUGCGCCUGGACAACUUGCGCUCGGUUGACGGCCAACCCACCGUCUUCCCCCGCCGCGUGGCGUCGGAGCGCUUUCUCGCGAGCUUCGCCCGUCUUCAAGUGUGGUACUGCCAGGGGUCCCUCCAUCUGGCUGCAGAGGGCGCGAAGUCAGGGCUGUGGAUACGGGUGACGGACCCCAAGUGGGAUGAGGUUUUAUGGAAGGGGUUGGUCGCAGCGCUACCUGCGAUGAUUUCUCUCGUGACGAUCCGAACGCUGCGCUUCUCCGUGUGGGCUCCUUCGACGCUCUCCCUCAUUGCGCACAUGCCGUCUCUCACCGAGCUGCAGGCCUACGCGGACGCAGACUACGUAGACACGCAGUCGGUCUUGAAGGCGCUAUGCAUCAUGCUCGGUCGUGGAGGGGGACGCUCCUGCUUGCCAACCCUCGAAUCCCUCCUCAUCAGCGCACAUUCUGAGGACUUGCAAUCGGGAAUCCCAGAGACGCUCCAGAUGGUCGCUGCUCGGUCAGAGAUGGGCAUACCGCUCGCGCGCCUCAUCUUGCAGCCGCUACCUACGCCGUACGGGAAGUCGGAAGACGAGACCUCCCGGGAGAUGAUGCUUAUUCGCAAGAUCUUCUCCCAAGAUGCGAUAGCCCCGAUCCGGGAGCACGUCAGCGUCGUUGAGGUCAUGGAGACUGCCGAACCGCCGCCAUGCCCGUUUGAGAUGGGCGAGAUGUGGGAGGUAGACGCAUUCGAAGACUACUGGGAACUCACGCAAGAAGAGAAGCCCGACUACAAACUGCACCGAUAG